UUGGCAGCGCGCCCUCCUGCAAUCUCGGGUAAUCGUGGGUCCUUACGAAGGAUUCAGGGUUAGAUUUCGCAGCGAAAUCAUGAGUAAAUAAAUACGGCGCGAUUCGCACGCCGUCGAACAGUGGAACUACCGCCGGUCUGACAAAAUGACAGCAUCCCGCCUCGCCGUUCUCCUCGGCGCCCUUGUCGCCAGCGGCGUCGUCAGCUCGCAGUCGCUCUUCCCCGUCUUCAUCCUCGACUCGGCCCCGCGCUCGCUCGACGGCUCCAUCGUCGCGGCCAAUCCGGACCCGGCCGAGACGGGCCACACCGUCGUCACGCUCGCCGUCGACUGCCCCAAGACGGCGUCCCCGGACAACGACGCCUGCCGCGCCCAGGGCAUCUAUCCGGCCGAGGUGUACCACACGCAGGGGUCCGUCUACGGCGGCACCGUGACGGCCUCGGCCGACGACUCGACCACCACGUGGAGCUGCGCCCUGGGCGGCUGCGGGGCCUGCGCCGGAGGAGCGCCCGACCUCAACGGCAACUGCGUCAAGACGGUCGUGGCCGGUGGGAGCACGCGCGUCGAGUCGACGAGCCUGGAUGGCUGCUACGUCAUGGGCCACUCCGUGCCCGUGGUGGUGACGGCGGGGGCCGAGAAGUUGAAUCGUGCGUAUUUCGACAAGAGGUCCCCUCAGAGCGUUCUUGAUGCGUAUGCGAGCGCGCUGGAGAGCAUGGGGUGUCCGUCGGGCACGAGUGCGACGACGACGGCUGGUGUGAGCGGUUCGACCAGUGCGCCGUCAACGGGUGCGAGUGCGACCAAGGCUGGGCCAUCCAAAACGUCCAGCUCGAGUACUGGUCCAAGUCCGACGGAGACUUCGAAAGGUAGUUCAUCGGUUAGGAAUGCGGAGAUGGCGGGAGUAACUGGGCUUGCUGCUGUUGUGUUUAGCGUGCUGGCUCUGCUGUCGUAGAGCAUGUUUGCGUGGCCCUACAUAUUUGUAUAUCUUGUUCAAUAUUAUGUAGAUACCUAUUGGGCUAUUUC